AUGGCGCCCUCUCUGCAUGCUCACUCGUCCUUCACGCGCCCUCGCACCGGGGAUCGCGAGGGCCGUCCCACCACCCGGACAGGGCGACAACAACCUCAUCAUCCCCAGCCGUACCUCUUCUCUUCACUCUCGCAUCAUCCCAGCCGAUUCCCUCCACCCUCAACGUCAAGACCCAGCAGCGCACCCCCCAAGACACUGACCCAUGCCUACAUGGUCUGCGGUGUCGGCCGAGAGCCCUCGCAAUGGGUCAAGGCACCUGCGCCCGCUCAGGGCAAAAUCGGCCACAUGAAGGGUGCCGUCGGCCAAUUCUGGCUCCCUGAGAUUCUCGGCAGCAGUCCCAGGCUGGAGCAAGACAACGAGAUUGCCAGGGCCCUGCACGCUGCUAUGCGGGCGUGCUUCCCUCACGACGUUGAGAUUUGCACUGGCCGCAGCCAGCCUCACUGCGUCCACCACGCGUUCGUUCUGCAGCAGGACUCGUCCCACACCCUCUACGGCAUCAGUCUCCGCGUGUGGUCCCGCGCCGACGAGAAGAGGGCCGAGACCAUUCGUGACCUGCGGAAGAGGACCGAGUCCGACUUCUACGACAACCCCGACGAGACGUACUGGAUCCCCUACUGCCUGUCCUUCCUCUCCCGCUACCCGCUGUACAAUCUGUUGGGCGACUAUCUUCGGGGCAUGUGGAUUCAUUGGAACAAGGCCACCAACCUGUUCCACGCCGAGGAGGUCUCCCGCAUUCUCAGCUUCCCCGCCCCAAGGCUCAACGACCUCGUCCGCAUCGACAUGAAGGACUACGCCCUGUGCUACCAGUUCCCCUCGUCUCCCACCGGCUUCCAGAACUUCGCCAUGUGGCCCCUGUUCUGCUGUCUCUCGAUUCCCAACAUUGUUGGCGUCAUUGAGGCCGCCAUCUCCCCCACCCGCCGCAUCAUCUUUGUGAGCCAUUACCCGGCCAUGCUGACCAUGGCCGCCGAGACGGUCCGCUACUGCGUCCGUGUCUACGAGUGGAGCGGUCUCUAUGUCCCCGUCGUUCACGCCCGUCACGCCAAGGAGCUCGUUCAGGAACCGGGCCCCUAUAUCCUGGGCAUCACUGCCGAAUGCAGGUCGCUUUUUCACGGCGCCCACGGACGCUCUGGUCGUCGACCUCGACCGCAACUUUGUUCUCACCUCGAGCCCGCCUACCGCGCUGAGCCCCGGUCAGCGCAACAAAUUCGUCACCCGCCUGACCCAGACUUCAUCAACCUCAAGGGCCGCAUGGACACGGAGCUCAGCAAGGUCACCAAGCGCAACAACUACCUUGUGGAAGAACUGGAGAGCUGGAAGCAGCAGUUCCUCAAGUUCCAGGCCUUUGCUGAACAGCUCACAAAGGAGACGCAAGAUCUCAAGACCAAGAUUGAGAACCACAAGAGGGAGAACCGCAGGCUCGGCGGUCUCAUCGAUCAGCAGAAGGACGACAAUGCUCGCCUCUCUGUUCGUCUCGCCGGCACGGAGAAGCAGCGUGACGAUGCUCUCGAGGCCCUGGUCCUCCAGCAGGAGAUUGCCGAGGAGCUCGAGCGCGAGCGCAAGCGCAACAAGAAGGAGCUUUCCGCGCUCCAGCACACCAACAUGACAAUCCUGCGACAGCGUGACGAGGCUCGCAGGGUGGUCCUUCACCUCCGCAGUCUCAUUGGCGGCCAGAGUCACCACAUGGAGCACCUCGUCCGCUCGCUGACGAAGCCCGAGGAGAUCAGCUCGGAGCUGGAGGACGGUUUCGAGAACGACGAGGAUGUCGAGCUCCAGCAGGGCGAGGUACCCAGCGACCGCCUUUCGCCUGAAGCCGAAAACAACCUGAGGAGUGCUGCCCGCGCCAACAAGAGAAUGUCUUCGUCCAGCUUCAUCGACGUGGCUGAUCGUCACCUGAAGGACAAGACGGAUGCCAUCGCGCACAUCAUCCGCAACAUUGCAGAGCAGUGCCAAGCUGCCGUCGAGGGUCUGUCUCUGGCGCAAGAUGCCGAGCUCGACGAGCGUGCCCGCCUCGCCGCCGCCCACCGCAGGCACAGCAACCUGUCGGUGGCGGCCAGCGAUGACGGCCACGACAGCCACUCCAACGCCACAGCGUCGGAGCUCGGCGACGACAGCCUCCUGCAGCCUGCCUCGGGUCGCACGUCGAGCAUCCCGCCAACGCCCGAUCUGGUGCCGAACCGCAGCAGCACGGCCAUGUCGUUCGCCUCGACGGCGACGACGCCCGAGCGGUCGAGCCAGCAGUAUAUGAUCCACCAAGACAUCCCCACAAAGAUUGUCGAGGACGACGGCGAGGACCUCGAGGAGGGCCGCAGCGAGUCGGACACGGCGCCUCAGGAGCACGGCCUCGUCGGCAAGCACGCCAGCAGCCUCAUCCACAGGCCAUCUGGGGCUCGCAUCAGCGCCCUGGGGGGUUCGCGCUAA